CUCAGUGAUCCCGUAUGUGUCAGCAGUAUGGGAACAAUUGAGACCCAUUUUCUCUAAACACAGCGUCUUUGUGGCUUUUAAACCACAAAACAGGUGAACUCAGGUGCCUGUCCACAUUCAUAAGUGAUGCAGUCAUGCUGUAAAGUCCUGUUAAUGUUUCUGCGGUUGCAUCAGUAACUUCUUUCUUCUGUCGCUCCAGACGUCCCACAGCAGGAGGUCUGUGAGGAGGAGGAGGUUCUCCCUGAGCAGCAGCUCUGGAACCAGGAGAGGAGCUCCAGUGUGGAGCAGGAGGAACCAGAACCUUCACAGAUUAAAGAGGAAGAGGAGGAACUGUGCAGCAGUCAGGAGGGAGAGCAGCUGGGACUGAAGGAGGAGCCUGGUACCUUUAUGGUGACUGCUGCUGAGGAAGGAGAGCACAGUGAACCAGGAGGAGACGGGGAGCAGCUCCUCUGUGAUGACUCUCCUCAAAGUGAAAGCACAGAUGAAGAAUCCAGCAAGUGUGAAGAGUCAGGGUUAAGUGAAACUGUGACCUCAGUGCCAAAGAAGAGGAAGAAGCGAGACAGACGUCAGGAUGAUGUGGAGAGCUGGACUGUGUCAGAGAGUCCCUGCAAUGCUGCCACAGGUAGAGAGUCUGAUGUUUGCCAAAAAUCCAUCAAGAGUCAGGCCCAAAGAAAGAAACCCAACACUGAUGUGAAACCCUAUCCUUGUGAUACAUGUGGGAAAAGCUUUAGAGCUAGAAGUACGUGGAAACGUCACCUUGUAACCCACACAGGUGAGAGGCCAUAUCCCUGUGAUACAUGUGGGAAAAGUUUCAGACGAAGCAGUAAUUUGUAUGAUCACAUGAGAACUCACACAGGUGAGAGGCCAUAUCCCUGUGAUACAUGUGGGAAAAGUUUCAGUCGAAGCAGUACUUUGUAUAUCCACAUGAGAACCCACACCGGUGAGAAGCCAUAUCACUGUGAUACAUGUGGGAAAAGCUUCAGUCAAAGCAGUAAUUUGUAUAUUCACAAGAAAACUCACACAGGUGAAAAACUGUUUGCUUGUGACACAUGUGGCAAAAGCUUCACUGAUAGAAGUACCUGGAAAUACCACCUUAUCACUCACACAGGUGAGAGGCCAUAUCCCUGUGAUACAUGUGGGAAAAGUUUUACUCGAAGCACCGGAGUGGAGCUUGGCUUUGAGGGAAAGGCGGUGAGUAGCCAGGUAGGUUAUUGGUAUGAGCUGGCUGACCUGAGCUCUGCUGUGUCCGAGAGACUGAGAGAUGGGGGAGGGCAGGCAGGUAAGGAUCAGAGAGGUUUCCAGACUGGAGAGAUUGUCCUAGAGAAGCUGCAGCUGAAGGCCCGCAACACUGCCUUUAGGUCAGGAGAUGCACACGCCUACAGUACAGCCAGCGCUAAUCUAAAGAAGGCCAUCAAAAAAGCCAAACACCAUUACAAAAAGAAGGUAGAAGAACACUUCUCCAACUCCAACCGCGACGCAUGUGGCAAGAACUCCAGACCAUCACAGACUACAGGACCACCAAACCCUCCCCCGCAUCCUCUGAUGUCUCCUUCCUCAACGAGCUCAACAACUUUUAUGCUCGUUUUGAGCGAGGGAACCCCACAACCACAACCAAAGCAGACGUGA